CACUGUUUAUGUUUGAACUUUCGAGAAGAAAUGAAUUCAAGUAUUUAAUGAACCGAUUUUAAUAGUUGCCAAUUAGUAAACAGUAUUAUAUCAGGCUUACAGGCUAAACUUAAAACCAGUGGAACAAAUUCUACGAAGAGAACUAUGUCCGGAACUCCAUUAAGCACACCGUUAAAAAUCGUUGUUUUCAUCGGAUCUGUACGAAAUUACCGUAUGGCCGAUCGUGUCUGCUCAUAUAUAAAGGCAGUUAUCACAAAAAGCGGCAUGGAACCGGUAAUAAUAGAUCCCGCUACGCUUCCGUUCGAAAUUCUGAAAACUCCGUUACAUUUCUAUCGAAAUCCGGCUGAAGCGCCACAAUGGCUUCGUGAAACCAAUGAAUUGAUAAAGGAAGCCGAUGGAUUCGUUUUACUGUCGCCGGAAUACAAUUACACCCUCUCCCCAGCAUUAACGAACAUGAUCGAUCACUUUCCACCUAGAUCGUUCCGACACAAACCAACUGGAAUUGUUACUUAUUCUAGAGGAAAUUAUGGUGGUAUAGCUUCUGGAUUAGCAGCGUUGCCCUUUAUGUUAGAACUCGGCAUGGUAAAUAUUCCGACGGGAGUGACUAUUCCAACUGUUCACCAAACAUUGAAUGAGAAUGGAGAAACUAACGAAGAACAAAUUAUUCAAAAAGUAGACCAACUGGUUAACGAAUUGAAAUGGUAUGCAGAAGCACUGAAGGAUGGAAAAACUCGAUGUCCCCCUCCAUCUUAAAGGUUUCAUUUUUAUCAUCAUCUAGGUUAGCAUAAUUAAGAUUAUCAAAAAUGUAUUUCCAAAACGGAAUCAUAUUCGAUUAGACGAAUUUGUACCUUUCUUA